UAGUCGGACGUAUUAUUCCGGAUACGUAAUGGGAGGGUUCCAAAUUUGUUUGUAGUUGUACAAAAACUUUCCAAUCUGAAAACAUAUCGUGCAUCGAUCAUUUGAUUAUCUAUCUAUCUAUAUAUACUGCCAAGCGCCCUUUAGAGCAUUAUAGGCAGAGGGACAUUAUCGAGUCCGUUUCCUGGGAAGAACCAGUACUAGGUGUCUAGGGAGGAGAUAAUGAGAAUGCUCCCCGAGUCUGUUUCAUGCGAUUUUUUUAAUAAAUGUAUGUUAUUUUAGUCAUUCCUGGCGGUACGCUAAGCCAGCAACCAGGAACUGGAGGAAGUCACAAACUCACCAAAGAAUUCAUACAUUUUACAGGGUUGUUAGUUGUCCAGAUUAUUCCAGAAAUCUGGAUAUGAGCCAUCAAAGGUAAAAUGCAGUUCAUGAAAAUAGAUUUAAAGAAUCCUCUUCAGAGACGACAGGUGCUGGUGUUUAGUGUUGGAUGGCUAGCCUAUGCCUCCACAUACUGCUUGAGAAAACCGCUUGGUGUGGUCAAAACAGAUCUUGAAACUGAGUUGUUAUUUACAAGAACUCAGUUGGGGUGGCUGGAUACAGCUCUGUUAUUACCAUAUGCAGUCAUGCAGAUGAUACUGGGACCUCUAGGAGACAAAUUUGGACCUCGCAAAACCUUUGGUGUAUGCUUGCUGCUAUCGUCUGUUUCCAUGAUCACUUUUGGAUCCUGGGGCAGCUUUUCCAUAUUCUGUUUUUUGCUGUUCCUGAAUGGUUCAUCACAGGCCCAGUGUUGGCCUAAUGCCAUGAAAGCGCUGGGCUCCUGGUAUCCUGACAGUGUACGGAACACAGUGUUCGGGUUGUUUGGAACGUGUGCGUUUGCAGGUGGAAUCAUAGGCACUUCUCUUGCAGUUUGGCUGCAGACUUCGUAUGGAUGGAGAUCAGCAUUUUUAACACCAUCACUGAUUGUGGGCGCUUUAGGCAUUCUGGUUUUGCUCUUCUUCCAACAACCAGAGGAGGUGAACAUAGAAGUGCCGGGAAAGGUGCAAGCCACUCCAUCGAAGACAAGUAAAACUUCAAACAUUUCCACCUGGGAACUCAUAAAAAUUCCAAUGCUGGUUGAGAUAGCAGUGGCAGUAUUCUGUUUGAAGGCCGUCCGCUACUGCAUGUACAUGUGGCUACCCAUGUACCUUCUCCAUCAAUUGGAGUAUACAAAGGGUCAGGCGGGACUGUUUUCCACCAUGUUUGAGAUUGGAGGGGUGUUAGGUAGUGCUGCGAUUGGCUUUGUUCUUGACAGGUGUUUCCGGGGUCGCCCGUUGCUAGGGACAACUUUCUCUGCAGCAGCGUCUGCUCUCAGUCUGUUCCUGUUCAUGGUGACUGGGUCCUGGGGCGUGUUUUUCAACAUGAUCUUCCUGUUCCUGGCUGGGGCUUUUAAUUGUGGACCUGACACAAUCCUGGGUGGUUCGAUACCGGCUGAGUUGGGAGACGCAGAUGGAAGGAACGCUGCUGCAGCUGCUGUAGGCAUUGUUAAUGGAUUUGGCAGCGUGGGAACAUUCCUGGAAGGACCCAUCAUUGGCAUGAUUGCCACAUUGUAUGGCUGGUCUGGAAUGUUCUACUUCAUGAUCGUUGUGACGGCCCUGGGAAGUUUUGCCGUGUUCCGCGCCUCUGUGAUAUAUGCACGUCAGCCAAAAUCCAUUCCUGAUCUGAUUCCUCUCACAGACGAAGAGAUGGUUUGAAACCACCUUGAUUUUGCAUCGUUUUUCAAUUUAUUGUGUUUUACAAUAGCUUGACUUAAUUUCCUCAAACAUUGUUAUGAUAUUGCAUUUUAAUGACACAACAUUAUUCCAUUAAUUUAAGACUGUUUUUAGCUCACCUGAGCACAACAUGCUCAUGGUGGGCUUUUGUGAUCGCUUUUUGUGCGUUGUGCGUUGUGCAGCGUCAACAUUUGCCUUGUUAACUCUCUAGAGGCCACAUUUAUUGUCCAAUCUUCAUGAAAUUUGGUCAGAAGAUUGGUUUCAAUGAUAUCUUGGAUGAGUUCGAAAAUGGUUACGUUUGCUUGAAAAACAUUGCUGCCAAGGGGCGGGGCAUUUUUCCUUAUAUGGCUAUAGUAAAAUCUUGUUAACACUCUAGAGGCCACAUUUAUUGUCCGAUCUUCAUAAAACUUGGUCAGAAGAUUCAUCCCAAUAAUAUCUUAGACGAGUUCGAAAAUGAUGCCGGUUGGUUGAAAAACAUGGCCGUCAGGAGGCGGGGCAUUUUCCCUUAUAUGGCUAUAGUAAAACCUUGUUAACACUCUAGAGGCCACAUUUAUUUUCCAAUCUGUUUUUAGCUCACCUGAGCACAACAUGCUCAUGGUGGGCUUUUGUGAUCGCUUUUUGUCCGUUGUGCGUUGUGCAGCGUCAACAUUUGCCUUGUUAACUCUCUAGAGGCCACAUUUAUUGUCCAAUCUUCAUGAAAUUUGGUCAGAAGAUUUGUCCCACUGAUAUCUUGGAUGAGUUCAAAAAUGGUAACCUUUGCUUGAAAAACAUGGCUGCCAAGGGGUGGGGCAUUUUUCCUUAAAUGGCUAUAUAUGGCUAUAGUAAAAUCUUGUUAACACUCUAGAGGCCACUUUUAUAGUCCAAUCUUCAUGAAACUUGGUCAGAAGAUUCAUCCUAAUAAUAUCUUGGACGAGUUCGAAAAUGAUGACGGUUGGUUUAAAAACAUGGCCGCCAGGGGGCGGGGCAUUUUUCCUAAUAUGGCUAUAUAUAGUAAAAUCUUGUUAACACUCUAGAGGCCACAUUUAUUGUCCAAUCUUGAUGAAAUAUGGUCAGAAGAUUUGUCUUAAUGAUAUCUUGGAUGAGUUCGAAAAUGGUUACGUUUUCUUGAAAAACAUGGCCGCCAAGGGGCGGGGCAUUUUUCCUUAUAUGGCUAAAUAAGGCUAUAGUAAAAUCUUGUUUACACUCUAGAGGCCACAUUUAUUGUCCAAACUUCAUGAAACUCUGUCAGAAGAUUCAUCCCAAUAAUAUCUUGGAUGAGUUCAAAAAUGAUGCUGGUUGGUUGAAAAACAUGGCCACCACGGGGCGGGGCUAUUUUCCUUAAAUGGCUAUAGUAAAACCUUGUUAACACUCUAGAGGUCACAUUUAUUUGAUGAUCAUCAUGAAACUUGGUCAGAAAAUUUGUCCCAAUGAUAUCUUGGAUGAGUUCGAAAAUGGUUUUUGUUGCUUUAAAAACAUGGCCACCAGCGGCGGGGCAUUUUUCCUUAUAUGGCUAUAUAUGGCUAUAGUAAAACCUUAUGAACACUCUAGAGGCCACAUUUAUUGUCCAAUCUUCAUGAAAUUUGGUCAGAAGAUUGUUCUCAAUGAUAUCUUGGAUGAGUUUGAAAAUAAUUAUGUUUGCUUGAAUAAAAUGGCUUCCAAGGGGCAGGGCAUUUUUCCUUAUUUGGCUAUAGUAAAAUCUUGUUAACACUCUAGAGGCCACAUUUUCUGUCCGAUCUUCAUGAAACUUGGUCAGAAGAUUCAUCCCGAUAAUAUCUUGGACGAGUUAAAAAAUGAUGCUGGUUGGUUGAAAAACAUGGCUGCCAGGGGGCGGGGCAUUUUUCCUUCUAUGGCUAUAGUAAAACCUUGUUAACACUCUAGAGGCCACACUUAUUUUUCGAUCUUCGUGAAACUUGGUCAGAAGAUUUGUCCCAAUAAUAUCUUGUUAUCUCAGGUGAGCAACUUUGGGCCUUUCAGGCCCUCUUGUUGUUAAGAUAAAAUCAAUGUAAUUUUAUUCCACUUUUUGUAGAAUUGCUCACUUGAGCUCCUAAUGCUAAUGGGAAUCUUUCAAGAUGCAGGGAUAUCUGUAGUCAGUGUGGUGUUUCCCUUGUAUGUUUAUAUUUAAGUUCACUUUGUAAGAUAAAUAAAAACUAUGUAUUUUAUUAUCUAUUCUGCUGAAAGUGCCUUGCCUCAAAAUGCUUGGACAAAGUGAUUAUUGGGCCAUUUUGCAUUUGUCAUGACAAUAUAAAUAGUUAUCAGUAACAAUAUUAUUGUCCAUUUCCAUAGCCCAGACAAGAAGGAGUUAUCCAAACUGCGUAAAUUAUAUUUAAAGCCCAAGUACUAAUAUAUUUAAAAGUACGAAGACAAAUAUCUUAAUGUGUACACUUUACUAAGGUCCAAGGUAUGAGAUUAGUGCAUUAGAAACUUUAAAUUACUCGAUAUAGAAAUUAUCAUUUUAAUGAAUAACUGUGACAGCACAUUAAGGAAGAUGCAUAGGCAUUCAGAGUAAAAAAUGUGGGUUUAUUAUGUAAUUACUUAUUUUUGCGACAAAUGUUUGUGUAACUGAAAAGGGAUAUUCGAACAUGUUUAACAGAAGUUUAAUGUGUUUUGCUGCGAAUAUAGAUACCACGGUUAAUAUCAAAUUUGUUUUAAAAUACAGUAUAUUUAAGUGAUUGAGAUUUAAGAGAUUGUUAAUAUGAGAGGCUAA